AGUCGGUCACUCUGAUUGGACAUUUUUGGCAAAAACAGCGGCAGAUCGUUGAAGUUUUCUCGUGUUUCUUUUCGCCACCACUCCAACUAGAAAAAGUGCAGGAUGUCGUUCGUUAAGAAUGCCCGUUUGCUGGCCGCCCGCGGCGCCCGUCUGUCCCAGGCCCGCAACUACUCGGACGAGAUGAAGCUGACCUUCGCCGCCGCCAACAAGACCUUCUACGACGCCGCCGUCGUCCGUCAGAUCGAUGUGCCCUCCUUCUCCGGCUCCUUCGGUAUCCUGGCCAAGCACGUGCCCACGCUGGCCGUCCUCAAGCCCGGCGUCGUCCAGGUGGUAGAGAACGAUGGCAAGCUGACCAAGUACUUUGUGUCCAGCGGCUCGGUGACCGUCAACGAUGACUCCUCCGUCCAGGUGCUGGCCGAGGAGGCGCACAAAGUUGAGGACAUUGAUGUGGCCGAGGCCCGCCAGCUGCUCUCGAAAUACCAGUCACAGCUCAGCUCCGCUGGCGACGAUAAGGCUAAGGCCCAGGCUGCCAUCGCUGUGGAGGUUGCCGAGGCGUUAGUCAAGGCCGCCGAAUAGACGUAAUCACCGCCACCAACAACAGAAACAGUAAUAACAACAACAACAACAACAUCCACAAAACUUGAUGCUUUGUGUCUGAAAAUAUAAAUAAAACAUAACGAUCGAUAUCCCCUCAAAAGCCUGAGCGUUAUGAAACAAUAAAAAAAGCGAAUCAUAAUAUGGUAUUAUAAUGACCCGUGAUCCGAUCCGCCAAAAGCAAACAUCAAA